AUGUGUCCUGUGUGGUUAUUGGUGGCUGUGGUGGUUGUGGGCGGGUCCAGAGGAGCUGUCAGUCAGUGCUGGGAGCAUCCGAGCUGUCAAGAGCUGAACUCUGACAGCAGCAUGAUGGAGUGUAUCCAGCUCUGUCACUCUGAUCUCACCGCCGAGAAGCCCGUCAUCCCCGGAAACGCCCACCUGCAACCUCCCCCUCUGCCAGACCCCUCCUCUUCCUCCUCCUUCAUCCUCCCUUCCUCCUCCUCCUCCUCCUCUCCUCAAUCCAAGCGCUCCUACUCAAUGGAGCACUUUCGCUGGGGGAAGCCCGUUGGCCGAAAGCGCCGCCCCGUCAAAGUCUACACCUCUAACGGCGUGGAGGAGGAAUCAGCCGAGGUUUUCCCCGGAGAGAUGAGGAGGCGGGAGCUGGCCAAUGAGUUGCUGGCAGCAGCAGCAGCAGCAGAGGAGGAGGAGAAGGCUCAGGAGGUGAUGGCGGAGGAGGAGGAGGAGCAGAAGCAGCUCCUCCAGGAGAAGAAAGAUGGUUCCUACAAGAUGAAGCACUUUCGCUGGAGCGGCCCGCCGGCGAGCAAACGCUACGGCGGCUUCAUGAAGAGCUGGGACGAACGCAGCCAGAGACCGCUGCUCACACUCUUCAAAAAUGUCAUCAACAAAGAUGGACAGCAGCAAUAGUGAGAGAGCAAGGGAGGAGAGGAGGAGACAGGAGGAGAGAUAAGACAGAGCAGAGGUAGAAGAAGUAGAAAACUUUUUACACAGCUAAUCAGCAGGCAGCAAAGAGUUCCCAUUGGCCAGAGAAGCUUGUUAGCAGACAACUUAGUGACCAAUAAAAAGCUCUGAAACUGCCGUCUGUAACUGGAUCCUGAAUGACUGACAGA